AUGCCUCCGAAAGGAGGCGGAGGGGGCAGGGGGAGGGGAAGAGCCGCAGCGGGUGGCGGAAGAGGGGGAAGAGGCGGACGCGGGGGGGGUCGAGUGGCGCAAGGGAAAGCGCCGGGGGUUACUGGAAAGCAGUCAGUUCCUGCUCCCAGCGGAACAGGCGGAAAGACAGACGCAUCUAAGAGAGUUGGAGUUGGAGCUUCUUUGGGUGUCUCCUCUGCUGGGGCUAUGAGGGUGGAGGGAGGUGGGACUGCCAAGCCGGUGACGCUCAUUGGCGGCGGUUUGGGGAAGAACGCGUUUGAACGAGCCACGGAGGUUCGGUUGAGUCCAGAGGCUGAAGAGCAGCUCCGAAAGCUGGUUGUUAAGGCAUACGAUACCAAGAAAGGUGCGAACGGCAGCAGCGCCAUGGAUGCUUCUCCUGCGUCCUCAUCUGAUUCCACAGGCAGCCCUGCUGGUCCUAUGACACUACUUGAAGAAAAGAAUGCCAACAGGCGCAUAUUAUCCGCAUACGAAACACUCUCUAGAGAGGGAUUUACUGUAGAGCAGGUUUGGGCUGAUGCGAGGGAGAGAAGACGCAGAAAGGAGCUCAGAAAAAAGGCCCCUGCAGAGCAGCGCGUGCAGUCAUUGGCGGCUGAUUUGGGGAGGGCUAAGGGUGAGGCGGCGAGGGCGAAAGGGAGCAUGGACAAGGGCAGGCAGGCAGAGGCAGGGCUGGUGAUCCGCGAGAUCAAGGAGGAGGCUGCAGCAUAUGGUUUUUCUGAAUCCAUGCUCGAAGAGGCUAACCAGCAGCAGCAGCGGGUUGCUGCAGGGGAGGAUGAGGAGAACGAGGAAGAAGAGGGAGGGUUUGGGCUGUUUGGCGGAGAGGAGGAGGAGGAGGUGGAUGCGCCAUUGGAAAGGGGAGGGAAAGCAGCAAGUGGAGAAGGGGAAAGGGCAGCAGCAGGGGUAGGAGCAGCAGGAAAGGCAGCAGAAAAGGAGGCAGAAGAGGAGGAUAUGGGAUUGGACGGCAUGUGUCUCUUUGAUGAUGAGAGUGACGGGGGAGGAGGGGGGCAAGGGGGAAAGGGCGCAGCAGCAUUGCCUGAGUCUGUGCUGGCACUGCAGAGAAAGACUGCGAGGGAGAGAGCAUGGCAGCAGCAGCAGCAACAGCAGAUGUUGGCAGGUGGUAGUGGGGGAGGGAAGGCUGGAGGGAAGGAAAAGAAAGGCAAGGAUGCUGCUGCUGCGGACAUGCAACGGCAGCCCAAGGCUCUGCUGCAGCAGCACUGCCUUAAAGCCCUCUGGCCCGCUCCCAAGUACACAAAGCUCCCAGGAAGCAGCGGCUCAGGGAAGUUUAGCUACUCGGUGACUGUGGUUCCGGCAGCAGAGGAUGGGUUUGAGAGUUUGUCAGAGGCUCAGAACGCAGUGGCGCUUCUGGCGCUGCAUGCGCUGCUGCCGCACAUGCCACUGCACCAUCAGCUGGUGUCUCCGUAUCGAGAGCAAUGGCUGGAGCUGGCAGAGAAAGCAGAUGCUGCAGAGACGAGCAGCAGCAGUGCAGCCGCAGCUGCAGAGGCAGCAGCGAGGCACCAAGUCAAGUUCGCUGCAGCACUCGUGGAUAAAGAGAUUAAGGCCAGGGAGACUGCUGCUGCUGCUGCUGCUGCUGCUGGUACUGGUUCUGCCGCUGGUGCUGCCAUUGGUGCUGGUGAUGCUGAGGAGAACCUGUUCAGGGGUUCAGAAGAAGAGAAGGCGACGGGUGGAGGGCAAAAGAAGCAGAAAAUCCCUUUCCUUGGCCAAGAGGAAGGCCCUGCUGUGGUGCGCAGGAGGGAGGCUCAGAGCCGGGAGCUGCAGCAGCGGUGGCGCCAGUGGCAGGCCCUGGCAGUUGGAGGGGCAGGAGGAUCAGGAGGAGCAGGAGGAACAGGAGGGACAGGAGGAACAGGAGGAACAGGAGGGACAGGAGGAACAGGAGGAACAGGAGGGACAGGAGGAACAGGGGGGGCCAACAGAGAGACAAUGGAAUUGAGUGAGAGGAGGGCGAUGCAGGAGAUGAAGAGGAAGCGGGGAGAGUUACCGAUGGCAGCAGUGAGGGGGGAACUGCUGCAGGCGUUGAGGAAGGGGGAUGUGGUGGUGGUGAGUGGGGAGACCGGGUCAGGCAAGACCACUCAGGUGCCGCAGUAUAUCUUUGAGGACGCGGAAGCUUCCGGGGAGGCGGGGUUCUGCAACAUCGUAUGCACGCAGCCACGACGAAUUGCUGCCAUAUCUGUGGCAGAGCGAGUGGCAGCAGAGCGGUGCGAGCCACCCGUAGGGAGUGGAGGCAAGGGAGGUGGUGGCGGUGCUGCAGGCGUGGUUGGUUACCACGUGCGGCUGGACGCUGUCAAGACAUGGUACACACGCAUCCUCUUCUGCACCACGGGCAUUCUCCUAAGGAGGCUUGUUGGUGACCCUCUGCUGUCUGACGUCACUCAUGUGGUGGUAGACGAGGUGCAUGAGCGCUCCAUCCAGGGCGACUUCCUCCUCGUCAUCCUCAGAGACCUGCUGGCCCGAAGACAGCAGAUGAGGCACCAGAUGCCGCACCUCCCUGUGUUCAAGCUUGUGCUCAUGUCAGCCACUCUGGACGCUUCUCUCCUUGCCUCCUACUUCUCCUACUGCCCAGUCAUUCAAGCGCAGGGCCGCACCUUCCCCGUGGAGAUGAAGUAUCUAGAAGACGUGUAUGAGAGCACGGGGUACAAGCUUUCCUCGGACUCGCCUGCUGCUCUGAGAUCCGAAUCCUCUCAGUCCCGCGCCAAGGGUUCCAAGGUAGCAGCAGGAGGCGGUAGCAAGACCAAGCAGAAACUGCUGAAGGCAGGAUGGGGCGAUGAUGCUUCCCUGCAGGCUGAGACAGUGAAUCCUGAUUACGAUGCCUCUCGGUACAGCAACUACAGCGACAGAACCCGAACCAAUCUGCGGCGGCUGGAUGAGGGGACGAUUGACUACGAGUUACUGGAGGACGUGGUUGCUCACAUCGACUCCACAUGCGGCCCAGGAGCCAUCCUCGUCUUCCUGCCUGGAAUGGGCGAGAUCCAGUAUCUGUGGGACAGGCUGGCAGCGUCAAGGCAGUUUGGAGCGCCGGGGAAGGUGGAGUGGCUGCUGCCGCUGCACUCGUCUGUCUCUGCUGCUGAGCAGCGGCAAGCCUUCAACAGCCCCCCUAGUGGCGUGCGCAAGGUGGUCCUAGCGACCAACAUAGCAGAGACGAGUAUCACCAUUGACGAUGUGGUGUAUGUGGUGGAUGUGGGGAAGCAAAAGGAGACGCAGUUUGAUGCCAGGAGGGGCAUGACCAGUCUGGUAGAAGCAUGGGUGGCGAAGGCGAACGUGAGGCAGAGGGCAGGCAGGGCGGGGCGAGUGCAGGCAGGGCGGUACUUUGCUCUCUUCACCCGCCACCGCUUUGAAACCAUCAUGCGACCCUUCCAGCAACCGGAGAUUCAGCGAGUGCCGCUGGUGGAGCUGUGCUUGCAGAUUAAACUUUUGGACCUUGACACUCCAGCGCAGUUCCUCAGCAAGCUCUUCCCUACCCACCACCCGUGCUUGCAGGCCAUCGAGCCACCAAAGGAGGAGGCAGUGAGGAGUGCGAUGAAUACUCUGAGGGAGGUGGGGGCGGUGGACGAGAGGGAGGAGCUCACUGCACUUGGCACUCACCUUGCUGCCCUGCCUGUUGACGUGCGCAUUGGCAAGAUGAUGAUUUACGGGGCGGUCAUGGGGUGUCUCAGCACAGCGCUCACCAUCGCUGCCUGUCUCAGCUACCGCUCCCCGUUCUCUUCCUCCUUCCACGAUCGCAAAGCAGCCGCCCGGGCAAGGCAAGCACUUGUGGCCAAAGCUCGAGAAGCCGACCCAGAUGCAACCUCCCGUGAAGCAGGAGGCAAGCAAGGAGAGAAGGAGAGCUGGGAUGAUGACGACAGUGAGGAUGAGGACGAGGAGGAUGAAGGGUGGGAGUCUCAGGCAGAAAAGGAGUCAGCAGGGGGAAAGGAGGGAAAGGAGCGGGGGAGCAGGGGGGAAGGGAGAGGGAGGAGCGAGGGUGAGUGGGGACGACAGGGCGUGGAACAUGGCGCGGGGGCAACAGUCGGACCAUCUGGCAAUGGCCUCGGCCUACAAUGGCUGGGUGUUGGCUCUACAGGGCGUGGAACAUGGCGCAGGGGCAGCAGUCCGACCGUCUCGCUAUGGCCUCAGCGUUCAAUGGCUGAGUGCUGGCUCUGCAGGUGGGUGGCGAUUCCUGAGUCGCCUCAAAGUCGUCUCAUUCUGCACGGCCUUGAGACAAACAUGGCACGGGGGCAGGAAUCUGACCAUCUCGCGAUGGCCUCGGCGUUCAACGGCAGGGCGCUGGCACACCAGAGGGGCAGCAGGGCAGCGAGGGAGUUUUGUCAGAAGCAUCACCUCAGCAUCCCUGCUCUGCUCAUGCUGCGAGACAUGAGGGUCCAGUUUGCUCGCCUGCUCAUGGAUAUCGGCUUUUUAAGGCAGCCCAGCAAGGCACCUGGGUCCAAUGGCGGCCCUGCGAGCAGGGGAUUCGAUUGGCUGGAUGAAUCCACUCAACCCUGGAACCAAUGCUCUAUGAGCGCUCCUGCCGUGAAGGCUGUUCUAUGUGCAGGCCUCUACCCCAACGUUGCAAUGAUGGCACGUGACUCUAUCGAAGCCAGGCACUGUUCACAUGCGUCAGACCUCGCCCACGUGGCAGGGGCGUCCGGGCGGCCGCGGUGGGUCACUGCGACAGGAGCUGAGGUGGCAAUUCACCCCUCUUCUGUCAACGAGGCUGCCUCGGUCUUCCGUGCUCCCUUCCUCGUCUUUCAUGAAAAGGUCAAGACAUCUCGCGUGUACAUUCGUGACUGCACAGUUGUUUCUCCAGCAGCCAUCCUUCUUUUUGGAGGUCCAAUCACAGUCCACCAUCAGAGAGCGCGAGUGUCAGUGGAUGGUUGGUUGGAUCUUGUUGCUCCAGCUCAGACAGCUGUUCUUUUCAAGGCCAUUCGAGGGUCGUUUGACACUAUCCUUCGCCGACAUAUCCUUCAGUCGCAGAAUGUUGAAGAUGAAGAUGGUUCUAGCCAAGUGAUAUCUACUGUUGUCAAAAUUCUUGCAGAUGCUGAAUACUUGCAAGGAUAG